AUGGAUAAGGAGUGGAUGUCUGCUAACCGUCUAUCCAAAGAAUAUUGGGAUGGGGUGGCAGACUUCAUUAAGUUUGCAGUAAAUAAUGCAGAAGACUGCAGGCGAAUUGUUUGCCCUUGUUUAAGCUGUGGUAAUGUGAAGUCAGUUUCUCCUGAAACAUGUGAACUUCACUUAUUUAAGUAUGGAAUUGAUCAAAGUUAUAAAUGUUGGGUAAAGCAUGGAGAGAUACCUGAAGAUGUGAAUAAUAGUAGCUGGGCAUAUAUGGAAAGUUGUUCAUCAUCACCAGAUUCUGACACAAGCGCAUAUAAGGCUAACUGCUGUUUUGAAGAAUUAGCUAAUGAGAUGGAAGGGGAACUCAAAAAUUUUCCAGAGAAAUUGGAGAAGUUGAAAAUUGAUGCGGAGACACUUUUGUAUGAGGGUUGUACUGAGUUCACUUUAUUGUCUGCUGUGUUAGAAUUGUACAACUUGAAAGCUACAAGUAGGUGGAGUGAUACUAGCUUCUCAAGCUUGCUCUCUCUAAUCAAACUAAUGCUACCAAAGAAUAACAAGCUUCCAAGUCGGCUAUAUGAUACAAAGAAGGUGUUACGCACAGUUGGCCUGAGUUAUAAGAAGAUACAUGCUUGCCCUAAUGAUUGCAUCUUGUUUAGGAAUGAAUAUGAAGAGUUAACCCACUGUCCUAAGUGUGAGGCAUCACGUUAUAUGAAGAAUGGGAAGAGUCCAAAGAAGGCGAUGUGGUAUUUUCCUAUUAUUCCAAGAUUCAGACGCUUGUAUAACAUAUGUCAAGAGGUAAAGAAUCUAACAUGGCAUGCACAUGGGAGAAUUAAAGAUGACAAGGUUCGGCAUCCAGCUAAUUCUCCUGAAUGGAUAAGGUUUGAUUGGAAGUACCCUGAGUUUGGAAAAGAAGAUAGGAAUUUACGUCUCGUAUUGUCUACCGAUGGGAUGAACCCGCAUGGAAUGCAGAGUAGUACCUACAGUACAUGGCCUGUGAUGAUGGAAACAGGUGUAGAGGUAUAUGAUGCCUACAGAGAAGAGAUAUUCAAUUUGAGAGCUAUGCUUUUUGGUACAAUUAAUGACUUUCCGGCGUAUGGUAAUCUAUUGGGAUAUAGCAUUAAAGGACAACUUGGAUGCCCUAUUUGUGAAGAAGGCACAUAUUCAGUGAGGUUGCAACAUGAAGAAAGAAGGCCACCAAAGCAAUUGACUGGUGAGGAACUAUUUGAGAAGGUAAAAGAUAUUGAUAUUGAAUUUGGUAAACCGUUUGCGAAGCAUGUUAGAACAAAUGGGUGGAAGAAAAUGUCUAUAUUCUUUGAGUUGCCAUAUUGGAAGACCUUGAAUAUCAGACACUUCCUUGAUUUAAUGCAUAUUGUGAAAAAUGUUUGUGAUAGUCUUAUUGGAACAUUGCUUAAUAUUCCAGGAAAGACCAAGGAUGGCAUUAAUGCAAGGUUAGACAUGGUUGUGAUAGGGAUAAGAGAAGAAUUGGCACCACAAGAGAAAGGAACUCGUACAUUUCUUCAUGCUGCGGCUCACACACUGUCUAGAAAAGAAAAGAAAAGUUUCUGUGAGUUUCUUGCUGCAAUUAAGAUUCCAGAUGGGUACUCUUCAAAUGUUAGAAAUCUUGUUUCAAUGAAGGAUCUAAAGCUAAAGGGUUUAAAGACUCAUGAUUGUUAUGUUUUGAUGGAGAAUUUUAUUCCAGUGGCUAUACGUGGUAUUUUACCUGAUAAUGUGCGAGCUACAAUUACAAAGUUAUGUUACUUCUUCAAGUGUCUUUGUAGUAAAGUAAUUAACCCCAACAAGUUGCCAAAGUUGCAAAGUCAAAUUGUGCAAACAUUGUGUGAGAUGGAGAUGUUUUUCCCUCCUGCAUUCUUUGAUAUAAUGGUCCACCUAACAGUUCAUUUAGUUAGAGAGGUACAAUUAUGUGGUCCUGCUUAUUUGAGAUGGAUGUAUCCAUUUGAGCGUCACAUGAAAGUAUUGAAAGGUUAUGUUAAAAGUCGAAGUCGACCAGAAGGUUGCAUUGUUGAACGAUAUAUUAGUGAAGAGGCUGUUUACUUUUGCAGUCAAUACUUAAAGAAUUCAAGGGUUAUUGGUGAAGAAGGUAUAGAAAGGAUAACAGGAAGAAAAGUUAUCACUAUCUCAAGUGACCAGUGGGAAAAAGUAUACCUUUUUGUGCUAUAUAACUCUCCAGAGGUUGAUGAGUAUGCUAAGAUUCACCAGGCAGAGCUUAAGAGGCAGAACCCUUAUCGAUUAGAUAGACCGAACAAACAUGUCCUCUCUUAUGCGAGCUAUAUCAUCAAUGGGUACAAGUUCUACACAAAGGAACACGACGAUCGAAGCAUGAUGCAAAAUAGUGGUGUAUCUACUAUAGUUGAUGGCAUGCAUAUUUCCAGUGCGAAAGAUAAAAAAGCCAUCUAUGCUAGAAUGCGUUACUUCGGGAUAAUUGAGCAUAUUUGGGAGUUGGAUUAUAUCUCCUUUCGAGUUCCAGUCUUUGGUUGCAAGUGGGUUGAAAAUAAUAAUGGGUUAGAUGUCGAUGACUUUAGGUUGAUUAGAGUGAAUCUAAAGAAGGAAGGGUAUAAAGAAGAUCCUUUCAUUUAUCCGUCUCAAGCCAAACAAGUUUUUUAUGUCAAUGAUCUUGCUGAUAAGGAAUGGUCUGUUGUUUUGUGGAGUAACAAGAAAGUUAAAGAAAUGGAAGCUGUAGAAAGUGAUGAAAAUGAGCAAAACAGAAAAAAUGAUGAAGUUGAUAUUGAUCCGUUUCAUGGGACAUCAUUCGAAAAUGAUGAUGGCUUAGACAAUAUUGAAGAUAGUGCUUUCUACGUAAGACAUGAUCACAAUGAGGGCAUUUGGAUUUCUAAGAAGGAGAAAUCAAUUCAACUGAAGAAGAAAACUGUUCAAAGUUAA